GGCUCCAAGAGGACUGAGCAUAUAACCAGGGUUUUCCUCUUUGAAAUUGGUAAGAUCAAAGCUUGCUUUCUUCCUGCUACUUUGCACAAAUGGACGAUUUCAGACUUCAAAUUCGUGGCUCCCAAGACGACUAUGCAUAUAACCAGGGUUUUGGAGUAUUGAUUUUCAACAACGAUUUCCCUGAGCCUGAGAAGCCUGUGGCUGGUUCACUAAAUAAAUCAGGUGGAGUGGAUUCCCAGAAGCUUAGUGCCAUGUCAAAAUUUAAGGAACUCAGACAACAAGAUAGAACUUUGUUGUCUCAUUAUUGUAUAAAAAGAAGAAGUCUAAGUUUAGAUAUCAAAUGGGUUAAUGUUUUCAACUCAUCAUGGAAUGGCAUUAUGAACUUCAAAGAAAGAUUAGUCAACAAAGAUCAUUUUAUAGCAAUCAAACUUGCAAUUUCUCUGAGUUCUCGUAGCAGGAAGGCAGGCAUCAGGAAGACAGGUUUAUGGAUUCCGAUUGUCGUCAUCUGUGGUUUACAUAUUCUUAUUUGAGUUCUUUGAUGACAGUAUACGCAAUAUACAGACUGCAAAAGUCACGGGCCUCGAUACUGUGUUGUAAGUCGAUUCUGCUGUGAAUGUGAAAUGUUGGUGGUUAUCGUUGCUGCACAUUAUAUUGAUGGUGUCUUUGAACAKGGCGGGUCAUCGGAGCAUAAAAAAGGUGUGUUUUAGAUGUUUCCUCUUUUGUAUGGUCAUGAUUGCAAUUUGAACUAAUCUUCAAUAAACCUUCUUGUGUUUGAUUUUUUGAUGAUACCCUUUAUCCUCUAAGCUCAGGAUUGUCAACAGAAUGCGCCAAGAAUAUCACAGGUAUUGCAUAUUUACGUGACCCUUUUUUGGUCAUCUUGCAUUUGUUAAAUCAUAUAUAUGAGAAACUUAUGAUCUCAUUUAACAUGAAUGCAUAUAUAAAUAUAUAAAUAAGCUUGAUAUAGAGGAAAGCAAAGUUCCAAAAAUGUGAAAGAGGGCUAGAUGAACAGCUGGGUUGGUAACUUAAUAUGAACACAGUCUCUAUGAGCUUAAGCUCUUAAUUGGGUUGGUAACUUAAUAUGAACAGCCGCCAUAAACAUAUGCCAUACACAGAUGUAUUAGACAGGUUCACUGCUUAACUUUCAAAAACUCAUUUUCAAGUGGUCUUUAUAUGUUUACCUGCUGAUUCUGUAAAUAAGAAGAAAAAACAAUUUAAGAGAUCAAUUAGGAUACAAGUACACAUUUUCUUUAAACACCAACUGCAAAAGAAACCCUGCUUGAGUCAAAGGUAUCAAUUUUAAAUCUUUGCUUUGAACUGCUAAUCUUUUGUUAAGUGUGUAUUUCUAUCAGUUCCCCUUAUGGUUUGAUGUCAAAACUACUUCAAAGAAAUCCAGGAUGAUGCACUUCAUGAUCAACAUCAUCCCUCCAAAUCCAGGAAGAGCAUAAUUAGGUACAAAUAUUACUUAUGUGUGAUGGCAAAGCCUGAGCUGAAAUAAUACUCUUAUUCCUGCAAGAAUCGUAGCUCCAAAAAGCAA